AUGACAUCUGCGGAGUUGCGUUACAAAAAUGAGACGAUACCAACAAUAUUGUUAGAUUUUAGAUCGCAGCAGAUCCUUUCCUUUCUCGCUUCUGUCGCCGGAAAGGAGUUGGGUGACAACGACAUUAUUAUUUCCUGUUCUCAACUGUUCACGCGUUACAUCCUGUUAACGAUUAGAACAAACCCAACAGGUCCCUCAUAUUUCUUGUCUCAAGGCAUCGCUUCCAGCACUGCGCUAGAGCUAUUGUCACUGCGCGGUAACAACGGCCCCUGCUUAGUUCUCAAGAUGCAGUAUCGAUUCGCCAAUAUGCUUCCGCUCAUCUUUCUAAUAUCGGUGACCUUUCCGGCUGGACCAACCGGUAACUUACCCGCUGUUGAGGCAUCGUUUCUCAACAGUGCGAAAUAUCUGAGAGAACUUUUGCUCACUCCGGAAGUUACCGAAUGUCUUAAGUCGGUCCCCGAAGAGGACGUUGAUGAAUAUUUCGAACUUCUAUCGGCGGCGCAAUUCCGCUGUGACAGAAGAAACGUCGCCUUCGAAGCCUGCUUGGAAUUGCUGAGAAGAUCGCAGCACAUGUCACCGAAAAUGAGGAACGUUGAUCGCACCAUAAAUGUGCCCUGUCCUAAAAUAGACUAAUAUAUACCCUCGAUAGAGACCUAAGUAUGCUUUAGGGGCACAACAAUGAAACAUAAUGUUAGUAAAUGAAGUCACGUCAAAGAAGCGCUUUAAAAUGUUUCGAAGAAAAGAAUAAAAACUAUAUGUAAUGUAAAUAGGCUUAAAUAUGACAGUCGGGCGUCAGUCGUCGAAUAAUGGAUAAAAUAGAUUCCGGAGAUAAUUACAUCACAGCAACGGCAGUGUAGUCAUUAUGUAAGAAACUAAAUUGAAUAGGCAAAGUGUGCAGCUAGUAAAGAAAAAGAAAAAAUAUAUUUCUUGCUUAUUGGAAAUAUGUAUUGUGCUCAUAGAAGAGGAAUAGACCGUUUUUCGUUCGUUAUGCGUGCUCUUAGAACGUUUCUUAUGCGAAAAAUGUACUUAAUGGCCUUGAGCCUUUGCUUCAUGAGGAACUAAACACAAUCUAAGAAAAAAAACUGCUUUCAUUAAUUGUUAAACAAACAUAAGCUAUAGCCCU